AUGGAUAAAUAUUUAAUAAUCUUAAUUAAUAUUAAAAUUGUGUGUUUGAAAUGUGUAACUAUAUCUUGGUUCAGCGACGGCGAUUCCAGCCGACCGUACGACAUUACACAUCACAUCCAACCUAAAAUUGACAAUCCCGAGAUUUUUAAAAAUAUUCUGCAAUUUUUAGAAAACAACAACAAAAUCAGUGGUACUGAUAAUAGUAUUCUUAAUUAUAACGAGGAAACCAUUAAAAGGAUAAGCAACUUCCUAGGAAAUGAUAUCGCUAAAAUUAUUAUACAUAUAGCAAGGAUGGCAAGUUUAGAAUCUGCAAAAACAAAAGCAUUUGAAGAUUAUAAUUUAAAUGUUAAUUCAAAUGCAAUUCUUGAACAUAUCGCAGAAAUCUUGGAAUCACAACCAAAAGGUUGCUUCCCAUAA